UUUGGCGCCUCAUAUGGGACAUUCUUGCGGACUCGAGUUGCCCCUCCCUAGAAGUCCCUCAGUGCGCAGACUCGCGCCUCUCCGCUGUCAGGGCAAGGCAGACUGACAGUAUGGCGGCGGGGUACAGCUGGAAGGAUGCUACUGUCGCCAGUGAUGUGUCUGUCGCCGGCAGGACAUAAAUGGAUUACUGACAGCAAAAAGAGUAGAGGACCUAUCGAGAAAGACUAGUCACCGUGAACUUCAACGAUGGCCAGGCUCGCCGACUACUUUGUAGUGGUCGGUUACGAUCUCGACAAGCGAGUGGAGGGUGAAGGUCAAGGUCGCAUUCUUCAGCGGUUUCCUGAGAAAGAAUGGGAGGACAGCUCAUUCCCACAAGGCAUAGAGCUGUUCUGUCAGCCCAGUGGUUGGCAGCUGGUGCGUGAGUGGCAGCCCGCCUCCUUCGUUGUAGCAGUUUUGACUGACAUCAACUCGGACCGUCAUUACUGUGCCUGCUUCACUUUCUGGGAGGGCCUGGACAACCCACAGAAGGCUGAGGCCAGUGAGGUGGAUGAGGAGCCGGGUGUUGUUCAAUCAGCUAAAGUCUUUGCCCCCAAGAGCCUGGUGCUGGUGUCCCGACUGGACUACACUGAGGUGUUCAGGAACUGUCUGGGUCUGAUCUACACCAUCCAUGUAGAUGGCCUGACUGUUCCCUUGGAAACAGUGAUCGGAAAUCUCCUCACCUGUAUCAUUCCCAUCGCUGGAGGCUCCCAGAUAGAUGAGACUCCAGUUUGUAGUUUAGACAAGGUCCCUCAGGCCUGUGACUGGCUGCGGGCCUGUCUCCAGCUCGGCCAAGAGGAGAGAGAAGAGAGAUUGAGGACUAUAACAUUUGGUGCUGGUGACCGGCAAAUUAUCCAGACUCCUAUCAAUGACUCACUUCCUGUCAGCGGCAGCAGUGUGGCCCAGCUCUUCAGACAGCUUGGUAUAGUUAAUGUGCUGUAUCUGUUCUGUGCCGCCCUGACCGAACAUAAGAUCCUGUUCCUGUCCAGCAGCUACCAGAGACUAACAGAUGCCUGCCGCGGACUGCUGGCCAUCAUGUUCCCCCUCAAAUACAGCUUCACUUAUGUUCCCAUUCUGCCGGGAAAACUACUAGAGGUCCUGAGCACUCCCACUCCCUUCAUUAUUGGUGUCAACUCAUUUUUCCGCUCCGAAACACAAGAACUGUUGGAUGUGAUUAUCGCCGACCUUGACGGUGGCACGGUGACCAUCCCUGAGUGUGUCCACAUCUCCCUGCUUCCUGAACCACUCCUUCAGCAGACCCAGACUCUGCUCUCCAUGAUUUUGGAUCCAGAGCUGGAAGUUGCUGAUUAUGCCUUCCCCCCACUGUCCACACAACCCUCAGCUCUCAAGAUCCAGGAUAAGGAGAUCCGGGCAGUCUUUCUGUGGCUGUUUGCUCGGCUUCUCCAGGGCUAUCGCUGGUGUUUACACAUCAUUCGCAUUCACCCCGAACCAGUGAUCCGCUUCCAUAAGGCCGCCUUCCUGGGCCAGAGGGCACUGGCAGAGGAUGACUUCCUCAUGAAGGUGUUGGAUGGUAUGGCUUUUGCAAGUUUUGUGUCAGAGAGGGGGCCUCCUUAUAGAGCCACUGACCUGUUUGAUGAUUUGGUAGCCAAUCAGGUGGAGCGAAUACGACAAGAGGAGGCCUGUCUGCAUAAAGUCAUGAACCAUGUAAAGGAGCUGGCUGAGCAGCUUUUCAAAAAUGAGAAUCCCUACCCCACUGUGACGAUGCACAAAGUCCAGCGACCAUCAGAAAACUGCCAGAACCCUGUACAGAAUCAGAAAUCCUUCCCUGUGCUGGAUGAGAUUGCGGUGCAGCUCUUUAUUGACCACGCUGCUGCCAAGCUCAAGACUGCACCUCCUGUGGUCAAGGCAGAGCUCAAGGGCACGGUGCCAUCUGGGCCUCCAUUGGAAGACACUGUGGACAGAAACAGCAACAUGAUAGCUAACAGCGCCCGCAGGCUGGAGGUGGUCAGGAACUGCAUCACGUACAUCUUCGAGAACAAGAUGCUGGAGGCCAAGAAGCUAAUGCCAGCUGUACUGCGAGCGUUGAAAGGUCGGGCAGCCCGUAUUUGUUUGACCCAGGAGCUCAGUCAACAUGUCCUACAGAACCGGGCUGUUCUGGAUGACCAGCAGUUUGACUACAUUGUGCGCAUGAUGAACUGCACCUUACAGGACUGUUCACAUAUGGAUGAACACGGCAUUGCAGCUGCCCUCCUUCCACUGGUCACAGCCUUCUGCAGAAAACUGGGGGCAGGCAUCACUCAGUUUGCCUACAGCUGUGUGCAGGAACACAUGGUGUGGACCACCAUGCAAUUCUGGGAGGCCAUGUUCUACAGUGAUGUCCAGAACCACAUCAGGGCUCUGUACCUGGAAACGGUGGACGGAGAGCAGCAGAACAGCUUGGAGCAGCAGAAUGGGUCAGGUGGUCAGAGGGUAAUCAGCGCCCUGGAGCUGGCGUCAGAGCAGAGUAGACUGUGGCCGACGCUCAGCAAGGAAAUGCAGACAGAGCGUGUACAGAAGGAGGAGAGCACAGUGUUCAGCCAGGCCAUUCACUACGCCAACAGGAUGAGCUACCUACUGCUGCCGCUGGACACCAGCAAGAACCGCCUGCUGAGGAGCUCAGGCCUUGGAGAUGUAGAGAGUGUCAGCAACAGCUAUGUCACCAACAGCAUUGCAGGCAGCAUGGCUGAGAGCUAUGACACAGAGAGCGGCUUUGAAGAUGCUGAGAGCUCGGAUGUGGCCAACUCUGUGGUGCGCUUCAUCAACCGUUUUGUUGACAAAGUGUGUAAUGAGAGCGGCGUGACCAAUGAGCACCUUAAAGCUCUCCACACCAUGAUACCAGAUAUUGUUCAGAUGCACAUCGAGACGUUAGACGCAGUCCACAGGGAGAGUAAGAGACUGCCUCAGAUCCAAAAGCCCAAGCUGCUGAGGCCGACUUUGUUGCCGGGCGAGGAACUGGUGAUGGAAGGCAUGAGGGUUCACCUAAUUCCAGACGGCCGAGAGGAAGCCACAGGGCAAAUGGGAGGUCCACCGCUGCUCCCUGCCGAGGGCGCCAUCUUCCUCACUACCUACCGACUCAUCUUCAAGGGCACGCCUACAGACCCACUGGUGGGCGAGCAGGUGGUGACCCGCUCGUUCCCCAUUGCCUCUCUGACCAAGGAGAAGAGGCUCUCAGUCACUUUACCCAUGGACCAGUUUGUCCAGGAGGGGCUCCAGCUACGAUCCAGCACCUUCCAGCUAAUGAAGAUUGCAUUUGAUGAGGAGGUUGCAUCAGACCUGGCAGAGGUUUUCAGGAAGCAUCUGCACAAGCUGCGUUAUCCUCAGUACAUCCGUGGCACUUUCGCCUUCACGGGUGAGAGUGGCAAGUUGGUGGAGCACAAAACUAAGGACAAGAACCAGUCACUCAAGACCCUUUCCAAGAAUCUGGUGAAGAGUGCCAAAAGGACCAUCGGUCGGCAGUAUGUGACCAAGAAGAAGUAUUCUCCCCCCACCUGGGAGAACAGGAGCAGCCUCCAGUCAGAGCUAGAUGAGGAUGAAAUCUCAGUGUCAGAGGAUGUGGACCAGAGCUCCCUCACCCUUUCUUCCACCAUCCGCUCAUCAGACAAACAGACCAUGGGCAACGUGGUGGAGCGAGCCUGUUGUCGUGACUACCAGCGUCUGGGUUUGGGCACGCUCAGUAACAGCCUAACACGCUCCAAAAACGAGCCCUUCAGGAUUACGACAGUUAACCGCAUGUACACCGUCUGCAGGAGCUACCCUGGCCUGCUGAUAGUGCCACAGAGCAUCCUAGACUCAACCAUCCAGAGAAUCUGCCGGUGCUACCGACAGAAUCGCUUCCCUGUGGUUUGCUGGAGGAAUUCAAGAACAAAGGCCGUCCUAUUGCGCUCUGCAGGCCUCCACGCUAAGGGGGUCGUGGGCUUCUUUAAGGCUCCCAAUGCUCCUGCUGCAGGGCCCUCCCAGGCAGACUCCACCAGUCUAGAGCAAGAGAAAUACCUGCAGGCUAUCAUCAGCUCCAUGCCUUCUUACAUUGAGAGCAGUGGCAGGAACACACUCAGCAGCUUCACCUCCACACAUAUGAGCACCUCUGACUCAUCAGAUAAACUGAGGCAGCCCAAGAUCGGUGCCCUGAUGAAACAGGUGAUGGGCACCAAAGAGGGUGUUCCUGGAACGUUCAGCAGAGGAGCUCUGGGUCAAAAGGCGAAAGUCAUCUCCCUCUCUCAGCCCAAAGUGUCUGGCAAGGCCAGGAACCCUCCUAGAGGUAAAUGGGGCAGUAUCCGAGGUACCGGGCGUCUAAGUGCCUACAACCCAGAUGUGGGGACACGUCUGGCUGGUAAAGAGUGUCCACAGCCCAACGGGGGGCUAAGCGAGGUGCUGUCCUUCCGCCAGCAAAAGGCCUACCUCUAUAUUAUCGGAGACAAGGGCCAAGUUAAGGGAGGAAAGCAGGACUCGUUCCAGCAGUGGGAGGUGGUUCCCAUCGAGGUGUGUGAUGUACGGCAGGUGAAAAACAGCUUUAAAAAACUGAUGAAGGCCUGUGUGCCGAGUUCCCCGACCUCUGAUCCCAACAUGAGCUUCCUGCGCUGCCUGGAAGAGUCUGAGUGGAUGGCUCUGCUGCACAGAGUGCUCCAGGUGUCUGUCCUGGUGGUGGAACUUCUACAUACGGGCUCAUCAGUCAUGGUCAGCCUGGAGGACGGCUGGGACGUCACCACACAGGUGGUGUCUCUGGUGCAGCUGCUAUCUGAUCCCUACUACAGAACGUUUGACGGCUUCCGGCUACUGGUGGAGAAGGAGUGGCUGUCGUUCGGCCACAGGUUCGGUCACCGUGGAGCACACACGCUGGGCAGCCAGAGCAGUGGCUUCACCCCCGUUUUCCUGCAGUUCCUCGACUGUGUGCACCAGACCCACCUCCAGUUCCCCAUGGAGUUUGAGUUCAGUCAAUACUACCUGAAGUUCUUGGCCUACCACUACGUGUCCAACCGCUUUCGCACCUUCCUUCUCGACUCUGACUAUGAACGCAUCGAGCAUGGAGUGCUUUUUGAGGAGAAAGGUGAGAGGAAAAGCCCUCAGGUGUGCAGGUCUGUGUGGGACUACAUCGACAGACUCAACAAGAAAACCCCCAUCUUCUACAACUACAUGUUCUCACCUGAAGAGGAGGAGGUGCUGAAGCCAUAUACCUUCAUCUCCAACCUGAAGGUGUGGGACUUCUACAUGGAGGAGACUCUGUCGGAGGGGCCGUCCUACGACUGGGAGCUGAGGGGCCGGCAGGAGCACAUGGCUGAGGAGACGCUGGAGAAACCCGACACCACCGGGCCCAAGUCACAGCGGCACAUCGUGUGGCCAUGUUACGACAACCUGAACAAGGUCGUGCCCGAUGCCAUCACCAAGCUGCUGCUGGAUCUACAGAAUCUGGAGGCUGAGCUCGGCCAGACGUCAGAAAAAUGGAAGGACGUGUGGGAUAAAAUCAAGACCACACAAAGAACUGAGACCAAACUGGAGAGCAAGCCGUCAUUCUCCAGCUCCCUCCUAAUGCCAUCCAACCUGAGCCACCAGCGGCGUUCUCAGGGUGUCUACCUGCAGGAGAGCGGCAUGGGAUCCUCUAUCAACCUGGCUCUGGACUGUGAGGCCAGGGCCACCUCCACGCCUGUCGCUGGUCGGCCGAGUACCAGCACCCUCUACAGCCAGUUCCAGAGCACGGAGAGUGAGAACAGGAGUUUUGAAGGCAUCCUGUACAAAAGGGGGGCAUUGUUGAAACCAUGGAAACCACGGUGGUUUGUGCUGGACAAAACAAAACACCAGCUGAGAUACUACGACAGCAGGCAGGACAAGGAGUGCAAAGGGGUGAUUGAGCUGGCUGAGGUGGAGUCCAUUGCUCCUGGAAUACCUGCCUAUGGAGCACCGAAAAACAUCGAGGAGAAAGCCUUCUUUGAUCUCAAGACGACCAAACGGGUGUACAACUUCUGUGCCCAGGACAGCGUGAAUGCACAGCUGUGGAUGGACAGUGUUCAGAGCUGCUUCUCAGACGCCUAGAGGGAGUAAUGAGGCUGGACUCUUAAAGGAGCAAGGGAACUAGGAACGAAUAAGCAGUGUUGUGCACCUGACAGAUGCCUCUGUUGGCCAAUCCCAGCAAAACAGAGAGAGGAACGGGCCUUUCACCACUUGAGAUCUGUUCUGUUCACAAAUGUUGAACUAAAAAUGUCGCACCACAAUAUUUGUGUUUUUGUUCUAGAAAAAGUAAGAAAAAGAAAAGAAAAAAUGUUCCUGAAGAACCGUUCACUGUCCUCUCACCUCCGCGAUGGUCUGACCACUAUGUGCCCUAGAUGUCUGUAUGCACAGCAUGUCAUUGCAUCUCUGUGAGGUGUCCUGCAGCUUUGACUAGCAUGAAGAUCUUUACAGACUCUCCACACAACCCUCUCUCCCUCCCACUAUCCCUGUUGGCCCUUUAGACCUCUCUGCGAAGAAUGACGGAGGAGCUGCAGUCGUCCAUCACCCCAGCCAUGCCCCAGAACUUAAUAUUGCUACAGAGAAGGAUCUAAGACUGACUGACUGACCAAAACAGCCCCUGAGGAACACACACGGUGACAGCAAAUGCUCUGUCUUUGUCCUCGGAGGUUUCUGCUGUCUUUGCCUCUCACUGUCUGAUGAAGCCCACUCGAAGUAUAAUUAGGCUUAGAGGAAGUAGAGUGUGUUGCUCCUCAAUGGUUCAUGAAGGAUUUCCUUGUCUUUUUUUCUUUUGGAAAAUCUCAAAUUUGUGCCAGAGAGAGAUCAAUGCUCAUCAGCUGCCCUCAGCAGAUGGUGACGAUAUACUGUGAAAGCCAUGAAUCUGUCAUAGAGAUCUAACCAGGAGAGCCAGGAGUGUCUGUGAACUGUCACUGAGUGUUUACAAAGAAGGUGAAACUAAGCUAAACUCUGCUGCGCUCUUCACCUGUUUGUUU